GAGACGAGAGAUAAGGUUGGGAAUAUGGAAACCACAAUGACAACCGCUGUACCCAAACUCACAACCCUUCACCCUCGCAUCUCCUCCAAUUCAUUUUCUCUCAGAUUUUCCCUCACUUUCCCGGCAAAGAAAACCGCUCUUGUUAAGCAUACUUGUUCACCCUCUCACAUUCCUCUAAGAGUUUCUGCAAGUUCUCAAUCCCAAGCAGCAGCUGAAGCCACCAAAGUGUCCUCCAUACCUUCUGAAAUGAAGGCGUGCGUAUAUGGAGAAUAUGGGGGCGUGGAAGUUUUGAAAUUUGAUGAUAAAGUUUCAGUGCCUGAAGUGAAAGAAGACCAGGUUCUGAUCAAAGUUGUUGCUGCUGCUCUCAACCCCGUUGAUGCCAAGCGAAGACAGGGCAAGUUCAAGGCCACUGAUUCUCCCCUUCCGACUGUUCCUGGAUAUGAUGUUGCCGGAGUGGUGGUAAAAGUUGGCAAUCAAGUGAAGGAACUGAAGGAGGGUGAUGCAGUAUAUGGAAACAUAAACGAAAAGGCAUUGGAAGGACCAAAACAAUUCGGCUCUUUGGCAGAAUACACUGCUGUUGAAGAGAAGUUAUUGGCCCUGAAACCUAAGAAUCUGGAUUUUAUACAAGCUGCUGGUCUUCCUCUCGCAAUUGAAACCGCAUAUGAGGGUCUGGAGAGGACUGGCUUUUCUGCUGGUAAAUCUAUUCUUGUUUUGAAUGGUGCUGGUGGUGUUGGAAGCCUUGUGAUUCAGCUAGCAAAACAUGUGUUUGGUGCUUCAAGAAUCGCAGCUACUUCAAGCACUGGAAAAUUGGAGUUGCUCAAGAGUUUGGGGGCUGAUUUGGCUAUUGACUACACUAAAGAGAACUUUGAAGAUUUGCCAGAAAAGUUUGAUGUAGUGUAUGAUGCCAUUGGACAAUGCGACAAGGCAGUGAAGGUUGUGAAAGAAGGGGGCAGUGUGGUGGCCUUAACUGGUGCAGUCACACCCCCUGGUUUUAGAUUUGUGGUCACUUCCAAUGGGAAUACUUUGAAGACACUAAACCCUUACUUGGAGAGUGGAAAGAUAAAGCCAGUGGUUGAUCCUAAAGGCCCGUUCACAUUUUCUCAGGUCGCAGAGGCCUUCUCUUACAUUGAAACAAACCGAGCAACAGGAAAGGUAGUCAUACAUCCAAUUCCAUGAGAUGAAUGGAAUUAUCAAUCCCAUUUUGCAAUGUAUUCUUCCUUUAAUUAAUAACCCACUCCAAUUAAUCCCUACUUAAUUAACAGUAUUGAGCCAAGAGUAUGUUGAUAUGCAGAAUAUAUAUAUGAGAGUAAAGUUUUCCAUUUCUUGAA